CAACGCUGGCUAGCCUCUCUGUCACCAUUUCACUCUGCUUCACUUUCCAGCGCACCCAGAAAGACAACACCGCGGGUAUUGAGCCCUUACACGGUACACACUGAAACUGUGCUUCUGUGAGCCUUUGCGGGGGUUUUUUUCAGUGUUUUGGGGGAGGAAAAAUGUUGUAACAAGAACACAUGAGAUAUGUCAUACUGGUGUAAUAGUCGCCAGUCUAUUUAUGCAUAAAUACGCAUGUAUAACCAAUUUCUCUGCUUCCGAAGAUUAUUUUACAGCUGUGGAGAGAUUUAAAUAUCUCUACUGUACUGGCUGUGUUCCAGGUUAUACACACACAUACACACAGGGGAGGGGAAAUAAAGAGGGGCUCUUUAUUUCUCUCUCUGUCUGCCGUUCUCCCCUCCCCUCUCCUCUCGCAUACCCUGCAAAGUGUGUUUGAUAGGAAGCUCGCGCGCCUCAUUCGCUCGCACCGCGUGAUUGACAGUCGGCCGGCCCGCCCCCGUCGUUUCUGUGCACAUGGAUGGGUCUGCUGCGAGAGCGAGAACCAGCAUCGGAGUGGAGUGGAAACAGGAAGAGGAGGAGAAGAGGGAAGAAAGGAGAGGAUCGUGCGAGAGACGAGGUGGCCAGGAGUUGAAAGGGAGGAAAAAGGGGAACAGAGGGGCGUGCGACGAGAGAGAACCAAAACAAAAACAACAAAAAAAAAGAAGCUAGCCAAGGAUGAGGAUGUCUAUUUAGAGGGAUCCGAGACUCUGCGGGUCUGCUGUCUUUCUAUUCCGGCCUGACAGCAUCAUCUAAUUUGGACCAGAAAGUCCCCACUCCCACUCACCCCCAACUCCACCAACAACACUGUUCUCUCAGCUUUUAUUUUGAAGACUGCUUUUUUUGCUCUCAGGUGUGAAGUGGAGGGCCUCCAAAACACAGACCAAGACUGGCUGCAUGUAUCACCCAGCAGAGCUCUACUCUGGCCGUAACACAUGGGACUCCUACUCAGCUGGAGGACCUAACAAAGGACAAUGGGCUCCUGUAAAUGCUCGCCCCUGGAGCCACACACAGAGGCUCCAAGAGGGGCGCAAACAGCCAUAUCAUUCUCUGUCAAGUCGUAUUUAUAGCAGGGGUGACAGAACAAUCAACCAUGUCCCGGACAAAGGUAUCCCAAAGGGGCAUAGCCAGCUGCUGCGAAUUUGGGAUGGUAAAGAGGUGCAGUUUGAGGUCCAGAACUGGCAUCACAACUCCAUCCAUUCGUUCCACAUCCGAGAUGGCACCAACAAUGGUUAUCUGCCAGGACCAGAGGAACGCUACGCAAACUGGCAAAACAAUAACGGGGCUCCUCGCCUGCAUCGCAACAACAGGGAGCUUCAGGGAACCACGCCAGAGAGAUGGGCCCACUCGGACCCCCGCAGGAGUUUCCCAGACAGGAUGGUGAACAACAGAACAGGACCAUGGAAACGGCCAGCCCUCCACCAGCGACGGGAGCAAGCGCAUCAUCACAGUCCAACCCCGGAGCACCCAUUAACCCCCCGGGAUGAGUGUCCAGCUAAGAGGAGAAGAGACUUUGGACCUGAUCAGGCUUGUCAUACUGGAUCCAGGCAAUUACCUUUACUUGUUCGUGCCCCAUCACCACCUCACCAACAGCGCUCCAACCAGGACGACUGGAAGCCUCCAAGUGACAGGGCGGGUCCAUGCCACCACUCUGAACACAGGACCUCAACAAAACAGCAACAGGUGAGCAUGUACAACAUGUAUUAUUCCUCAGAUUUGGCACAACCAUUGAUUCCCAAAUCUGGUUUUUCACUUUUGCAGGAAACCUCUAAACUGCGAGCUGGGAAACACGGCUUCAGUGACCCAGUGCCAUCCAACCAGAGCUGCGGCAGGAGGCCACCGCAUUAUGGAAGCAGAGGGAAGGUCGAGCGGAAAAUCUCAUCUUCACCAGCAGACCACACCCGUGUGCCUUACAGCCACCAACACCAUCACUAUAACCAUCAACGGCACACAGGCCAGCCUAGAGCACCUCAGCACAACGCCCCACUACACCCUCUGGAGGAUAAGGACUCUUGGAACCAUUAUCACAAACAAAGCACAGAGAAUCAGCGCAUUCAUCAACGGACAAAUUCAAGGGACCCCUCCCUCUUGAAAUCUGGUGUAAACUCUCCUCAGUACUCAUCUGUACUCUGUGGUCCGAACAAUGGAGGUUUUACUUUCAGCAGUACAGGUGCUCCUUCCAGUCCUUCUACAGACAAAAUGCUCAAUGGCAGAAAAGAUUCACCAGUCAUUCAGCCGCGUUGUCCCAGCCUCAGUGGGCAGCUAAAGCUCCAAGAAAGUCCCAGUGUCAUCCCGAGACCCAGUCGGGGAUCAAGUACAUCUCCGACACCCCAUGCUGGUUCAAAAUCUAGGCUUUCAGACCUCAAGUACAGGAAGACCUCACAGCUCCUCUGCUCACUGCAGUCUCCCCACGAUAGAGCAAGAGUGGACAAGCCUGAGAGGGAGUUAGAAGAUAAAAAGUCUGAAUCCAAACAAAAGUAUAAGCUGCUGAAAAAGGAGAAGAAGGGUGACGUUCCAAAGAUGGGCAGAAAGGGUGAGGACAGAAAAAGGCGGAAGAAAAAAGAGGAGAAAAGGUUGGCCGAGAAGAAAAAGAAACGCGAUAAAGCAUCUAAGAAGGAACGGAAAUUAGCCCUCAAAAUGAAAGUUACAGAACAGGAAAUGUUUUCUUCCAUCUCUGUUUCCACCUGUCUAAGUGAGGCAAAGAUAAGUAAAAUGCAGACUUUGAACAGAGAGAAUCAGGCCCAGUCACCACCCAAACACAAGCACAGGGACAGGAGUGAAAAAGGAGAAAAGACUACGCAUAGGUCAUCCACAAACACCCUUCAUCCCAGGCCCACUUCACAGCAGCCAUCCUCAAAGUCUGAAAAUCACAAAAUGCUCAAAAAGAGCAGCAGUGCCCCAGAAACCCCUCUUCCUAAGAAAGCCAGCCACCACCAGGCCAGCAAGCGUUCCACCAUCGUCUCAACCCAACUGGAAGGUGAGCCAAGAGCAAAGCCAGAUGACAUACUCCCUUCCCUCUUAUUUAAAGCCUUAGCGCCUCUCAGUACAGUGUGCUCGGCUGGCUUAGAGCAGCAAGGUGGGCAGGGAGGAGUUCUCAAUGCUCCAGACCUUCAGCCUGUGGCUGUGAUGGGAAAUUUAAGGGAAACGGGAGACAACCUUGCCAACACACCUCCUGUGCUUAGCUGGCAGGGAUCUCCAGUAUCAGAUCUUGGAGAUGAGGAGGAGGAGCUAGAGAAAGGUGUACUAAGCAGACCUGUCCUCCAGCUCAGCCCCACUCAAUGUCUUUCACCCCCUCCUGUAGAGAGUGAAAGCAUUGAUCAUAUGAGUGCAGAAGAUUAUUCCCACAGCAGCAUGUCUGAAUUCUCUGAUCUACCUUGUACAAUUGAACAAGUUCUGGAGGAAGAAAAAGAAGCGAUGAUGGACAGCAGCAGGAAGCUGUCUGGCUCUCCCCUUCAUGAGUUUCACAAUGAUGACGCAGGUCUUGAUGAUGUCUUUGAGAGCCUGGCCACCUUACUUGCCAGCCAGAGGGUCGCAUGCCGAGGUGGUCCAUUCGGCGGUCCUCCUGCUAGUGAUGCCAAUGGAGUGAAGUACUCUUCCUCUCUUGAACUGGGCCCAGAUAUCCACUGCCCCGAGAGCCAGGACUUCUUCCCUACAUCAAAUCCCACAGAAUCCUCCGAACCCAGUAAUCAAUCACCAGUUCACAUUACCUCAGACACACUUGAAGAAUUCCGCAGUCAGACAGAUGUGAGUAAGCCAGCCACCAGCUCAAUGGUGCAGGAAAAAGAGGAGGGAAAUGAGAGUUAUGUACAAGAUGUGAUGAAACAAGACAACAAGGAUGCAGCAAACCCGAUGGAGAGGACGAAGACUCUUUUGGAUGGGGCACUGAGUGCGGAGCUGACUCUGACCACAACACAUACAGUAAUGAAGAUGGUAAAGCAAGCUCCCUCUACCAAGGAAGAAAGUGGAAACGGCACAAAGACAGAACGUGCAGGCAAAGAGAAAAAGAGAAAACAGAAGGUAAAGGAUGGGAAAAGAGAGGGAGCGAUCAAGAUUAAGAUAAAGAGAGAAGAAAAUAAGGUCAUCAGCUGUAAAAUUAAAACAAGUAGAGUACCCGAUGUAAAAGACAGCAAUGCUUUAUCUUCAGUGCCAGUUAUUUCAUACUCAGCCAGACUGGUCAAAGACAGCAUGAAGGGCCAGACUCCUCAGGAAAAUCAAACCCCAAAUGGUAAAGAUAUCAAAAGACAAAAAGUGGACACUGGGAAUUCAAAUGCAACAACAGAUGAGAAGAAAGGGUUCGUUAAUGAGACUGCCUGUGUAGUCGGAAAUACAGACGUUACCACCUCAAAUUCAACAUCAGCUGUAUCAACAAGUCCAACCAAAUUAGACCGUCCUGCACCAGCAAGUAAAGUGGACCCACUGAAACUGAAAGCGCUGUCCAUGGGCUUGUCUAAGGAGCUGAAGAUCCUCUUGGUUAAAGUGGAGAGCGGCGGAAGGCAGACAUUCAAUAUAUCAGAAGUGCAGGAGCCCAGAAUCCCAAUCCCACUUUCCAAGAUCAACAUCACAAACACAGCCGCUGAUGUGAUCAGAGCAUGCAGGGGGGCAAGUCUGAAAGGGAAAUUCAAGGAGUCGUACUUGCCUCCCGCAUUCUCGGUUAAACCCAACAUUGCAGUGGAGACCCCCAUUCCUCGUGAUAAGCUGAAUCCUCCUACACCAAGCAUCUAUUUGGAGAGCAAGAGGGAUGCCUUUUCUCCGGUUCUGCUUCAGUUCUGCACUGAUCCCAAAAACGCUGUUACGGUCAUCAGAGGCCUCGCUGGCUCCCUCCGCCUUAAUCUUGGUCUGUUCUCAACCAAAUCUCUGGUGGAGGCCAAUUCGGACCAUGCAGUGGAAGUGAGGACUCAGGUUCAGCAGCCUGCUGAUGAGAACUGGGAUGCAAGUGGCGCGAGUCAGACAUGGCCCUGCGAGAGCAGCCGCUCACACACCACCAUUGCCAAAUACGCCCAGUACCAGGCCUCCACCUUUCAGGAGAGCCUGCAGGAGGAGAAGGAGAGUGAGAAUGAGGAAGAUGAGGAACAGACUCCAAACCAAUCGGCAGCCACAAAAGCCGCUCUGACACUAUCCAACAGUAAAGGCAAUCAUACCUCAAAAGCCAGUUCUGCAUCCAUCUUGAGCAAAGCUCAGCCUCCUCAUGCCAACAGCUCUCUGAGCUCAGAGCAAAAACCUGUUGGAAAGAUCAUUAAAUUCGGGACCAACAUAGAUCUGUCUGAUCCUAAAAGGUGGAAGCCCCAGCUGCAGGAGCUGCUGAAGCUGCCAGCUUUCAUGCGAGUGGAAUCCAGUAACAACAUGCUGAGUCACGUCGGUCACACCAUCCUGGGCAUGAACACUGUCCAGCUUUACAUGAAGGUGCCGGGCAGCCGUACACCAGGUCAUCAAGAGAACAACAACUUCUGCUCAGUUAACAUCAACAUCGGGCCUGGUGACUGCGAGUGGUUUGCAGUCCAUGAGCACUACUGGGAACUUAUUAAUAAUUUAUGUGAAAAGCAUGGAGUAGACUACCUUACAGGCUCCUGGUGGCCAGUUCUAGAGGAUCUCUACAGUUCCAACAUCCCUGUGUACCGCUUCAUCCAGAGGCCAGGCGACCUGGUGUGGAUUAAUGCAGGGACUGUGCACUGGGUCCAAGCUGUGGGCUGGUGCAACAACAUUGCCUGGAAUGUGGGACCACUCAACUCAUACCAAUAUCAACUCGCCCUGGAGCGCUUUGAGUGGAACGAGGUGAAGAAGGUUAAGUCAAUCGUUCCCAUGAUCCACGUUUCCUGGAAUGUGGCUCGCACAAUUAAAAUCACAGAUCAGGAUACCUUCAAGAUGAUCAAACACUGCCUGUUGCAGUCCAUCAAGCACAUCCAGAUUCUGAGAGACCAGCUGGUGGCUGCAGGGAAGAAAAUCUGUUACCAGAGCCGCGUGAAAGACGAGCCAGCCUACUACUGCAACGAGUGUGAUGUGGAGGUGUUUAACUUGCUGUUUGUGACCAGUGAGAACAGUAGUAAGACGACCUACGUGGUGCACUGUGAGGACUGUGCCAGAGCUAAGAGCCCGUCGCUGACAGGAGUAGUGGUGCUGGAACAGUAUCGGACAGAGGAGCUGAUGAAAAUCUAUGACGGUUUUGUGCUGACUCCAACUCCCUUCUCAAAGUGAGGACUCCUCCACAGUGUCUUUCAGCCAUAACCAAAACUCUAAUGGCAGCACAAAUGUUGCCUUCAAGGCAAUCUGUUCCUGCAAACACUGUCUCAAUCAGCCAAUCACGUUUACUCAGUAUUGUUUACAUCACACUGUAAGGUAUGGAUACUCAGCCAGUCCAACUAUAUAGCUCACCGUCUUCCCCAUACCAGCUGCUGAUUGGACAUGUGUUUUGAAAUAGAAUGACUAGACUGGUACUUUUCACAAGAAGCAUUUUAGAUAAGGACAGGAGAAAAAAAACACAAUGUGAGCACUGCUAGCACUGAAAA